AAAAGUCCUAAUGCUCAUCUCUGCUUUGCCUCAAACUGAGACAGAGAUCUAUACACACACUAUACAUACAUAUAAAAUCUAAUUUUGCAGUUACAAGCUCGAUAAUUUCAAGGUGGACAUCUAAUCCAUUUGGCGGUGAAGAAUUUGGAAUUCAUACCUUUUUCUUCACUUGAUAGGUGUUCCAGAGGAAAAAAUCUUUUACUUGCUCAUCUUCUUCAGUAUUUUCUCCUCCUUUGAAAGAAAUUGCAGGGAAUGCCGAAAAAUGUGCUUGCUGGACAGACAGUCGUUCUCUAAGGUUGAUGGGGUUGAAGCUCCAUACGAGCUUCCCCAUAUUAUCCUUGAUAAGAUAGGACAGAUAACGUACAACCCUAUCCAUUUUUUCAGUCAAGUACCUAGUGUAGGUAAGUAUUUUAGAGGACAAAUUGUUUCGUAUCAUGACCUCUGUGAAGAUGGUUGAGUUACUUCAUUCCUGAGUAUUAAUUUCUCGACAUAAAUAUCUAUAAAACUGUUUGUGGGGGGCAAUAGAAAAUUAGCUCUUACCUGUUAUGGUAGAUUUAGAGAUGGAAAAUAAAGGAAGUGUGUUAAUGCAAAGGUUUGAAUUGGGGAAAUUGCUUGGACAAGGCACCUUUGCCAAGGUUCACCAUGCAAGAAAUCUCAAGACUGGCAUGAAUGUGGCCAUUAAGAUAAUUGACAAGGAGAAGAUCUUGAAGGCUGGGAUGAUUGAUCAAAUCAAACGAGAAAUCUCUGUAAUGAGACUUGUUAGGCACCCAAAUAUUGUUCAGCUUUAUGAGGUUAUGGCCACCAAAACUAAGAUAUAUUUUGUCAUGGAAUAUAUAAAAGGUGGUGAGCUGUUUAACAAGGUGGCCAAAGGGAAGCUGAAAGAAGAUGUUGUAAGGAAAUAUUUUCAACAGCUGAUAAGUACAGUUGAUUUCUGCCAUAGUAGAGGUGUUUAUCACAGGGAUCUUAAACCUGAGAACCUGCUUUUGGAUGAAAAUGGAAACCUAAAAGUCUCAGAUUUUGGAUUGAGUGCUCUUGCGGAAUCCAAGCGGCAGGACGGUUUACUUCACACAACAUGUGGGACACCUGCCUAUGUUUCUCCCGAAGUGAUCAACAGGAGGGGCUAUGAUGGUGCCAAAGCUGAUAUCUGGUCAUGUGGUGUGAUCUUAUAUGUUCUAUUAGCUGGAUAUCUCCCGUUCCAUGAUUCAAAUCUGAUGGAGAUGUAUAGAAAAAUCAGCAAGGCAGAGUUCAAAUAUCCUAACUGGAUUCCUCCUGAUGUUCGCAGGCUGAUUUCAAAAAUACUGGAUCCAAAUCCAAACACCAGGAUUUCCAUAUCCAAAAUCAUAGAAAAUUUUUGGUUUCGUAAGGGUUUCCCAUCCAAAGUCACGAAAAGUAGUGCUGAUUCUCUGAUUCAAGACAUGGAUGUAAAAAAAGCAGUAGUUGAUGCUGAAACAAUGUUCAGUUUUGUGGAGAACAAGAGCACAACAGGUGUGAAACUAGAUUUUGCAACGCAUACAAACUUGAAUGCCUUCGAUAUCAUCUCCCUUUCACCCGGUUUUGACUUGUCCAGCUUGUUCGAGGAAAAUGAUCAAAAGAAAGAAGCCCGUUUUACAUCUAAGCAACCUUCCAAGACCAUCGUCUCCAAAUUAGAGCAAGUAGCAAAGCGUCUAAAUCUGAAAGCAUCGAAGAAGGAUGGAGGAUUGUUAAAAUUUGAAGGAUCAAAGGAAGGCAGGAAGGGAGUUUUGUCUAUAGAUGCAGAAAUCUUUGAGGUUACUCCAAGUUUUUAUUUAGUCGAGAUGAAGAAAUCCAAUGGAGACACACUGGAAUAUCAGAAGAUGAUGAAGCAGGACAUAAGGCCAUCAUUAAAGGACAUUGUUUGGACAUGGCAAGGUGAUCACUCACAGCCCCUGCAGCAACAAGAACAACCAGAGGUACGGCCAUCACUAGUUACACAACUGGAUGUUGUCACGCAUCCAAAUUGAUAAUGAAGAGAACAUAUUUCGGGCCUGAUUUUAACUAGUCUUCUUACAUACAGUCUAAUUUCUGGAAAAUUGGUGUUUCUGAUGCUUAUUUUGAGUACUAAAUGACUUGUUUCGGUUAGUCCAUUUCUGUAUAAUUUUUCUUUUUUCAGUUUGCUAAGCCUUGUGGGCAUCUGUUUGUUACAAUCCCCCUUCUUCUUCUUUUUUUUAAAUUCUAGUUGGGCUAAGAGUUGAAAUUGGGAUUAGAAGGCCGACACUAGCAUUAGAUAGAGGAAAGUUGUAGCGAAUUAUAUUUAGAUAUCAAAAUCAUCUUUUAGCAGCUAUAAACAAUGGAUACGAGGUAUGGUACGUAUCAUUAUCUGUAAAAUACAGCUACUGUUGUAUAAAUUCAAAAGUAUUGUUAUUACUA